UGAUUGUCCAUGUUUCCUGGACCACAACUAGGUCGGCCUUUGCCGACUGGUCACCGAUCACCCCGACUUCGCCGAUGUGGGAUCAUUAUUCAAGAUAACAACCUUUGUUCUCCAUUCUCUCCAUAAUUUCCUAUAGUUUCAGCCCGCAUGAAGGAUCCUCUAUAACUCUAGGGCCCUGUAUAACGCUCAGUCUGUUCCUCCCACCAUCUCGAUUACUAUGUCGAUUUACCUUAUAUCCCUCACAAUAUACGCUUCCACCUGUUUGGCACUGGAUGCCACUGACAGCGCUAAUGCCACUCCUUCUACAUCAGUGAUACUAAUAGGCAUCUUGGCAGGCGGCGCCAUGCUGUUCAUAUUUAUUGCUGCUGCUGCUGCUGCUGUUUUGUUCUGUCGAACUCGGGAUUCAAUACCAUGCUGUAGACGCCGGCGACGACCUCAGCCUGAGGCUGAGCCUGUGCGGCGUGGUCAUAAUUUUGCGGGGGUAUCAGAGGUUGGGGAGCGGCAGUAUCCGCCACCGUAUGAAGGGCGCGGAAGGACUGGCACUAUGGUAUAGCGGGAAGGAAGAAUAUGGUAGUGAUGGACUUCGAGCGGUCACCCUGGUUGGCAAAACAAGAGAUAGUCUUUUUUCCGUUGUAUCCGCAAACUGUAGGAAAGGUCCUCCGCUAGGCU